AUGGGGUCAUUGCCAGAUACACUGCUCGUGGCAGACCUGAAGGCACUUACUGGGGCCAUAUCGUUUCAUGACCUGGAGUCCUGUACGCAACAGGGCACAUCGAUCAUCUCCGGAUUCCACUAUACACGACAUGAACCCAGUCGGCCCCACGACGGUGAAGGUCACCCCAAAUACGCGAAAGCCGUCAUCAGAGGGAGCCAAGUAGCAAGAAAAGCUGCCGAGAUUUUCAAUGAUCUAGGGCAAGGGGGGGCAGCCUCCAUAACGAUCACAUCCAGCGGCCUCGUCGGAGGGCCUCCUUGCGAGGGACAUGCUCUGAACGUCGAGGGGAUAACCUUUUUCGUCAAGACUGUUUUCCAUUUUCCGUCUUCCCUUGGCAAGACUGGCGAUAAAGUCUCGACCCAAUAUCUGCACUUUUCGAGCCCAACAACACAGAUUGUACCCCAAGGCCUCUCGGACAAGCGUGACAAGUUCGGCUUGCAAGACCUCACCAUCGUCUCCGGCGUAUGCCUCUUUUCCAUGAAAACAAUUCUUUCAAGCAUCAGCAAGGCCCAGAGAAUCCAUGUCAAGAAGCUACAGGCGGGGCCUGCGCUGUAUGAGAUGGAAUACAUUGCUCGCAGCGCGCCCGUCAUCGCGGACUUGGCGGCUCUGCUUGGUGCAAACGUACGCCGCAAGACACAUGACGACGAUCUUGUUGUGGCCCACCAGGGGCUGAAUCUACGCCUGGAUGUCCCAAGCUUCCACUACUAUCAGUCCGUCGACGAUUGCUUGCAGAGUGGCUCUUGCACCUUUCAAGAGGCCUUGGAGUGGUUGAACGCGGUCAAGAAGCGUCAUGAACAGAUCUCGCACGUGUUCCGCGGCUACAUUAACUACGAGCUAUCGAAGAGAUGUUCUUCCGCCGAGGCAUUGAAUAUCAAGGUUUCUCCAGGUGCCGAUCUGGUGUGUUCCAUUAUCCGUCAUUCCUUGGAAAUGGAGCCCGCUUGGGCAAGCUUCUAUCGACUGGUUCCGGAAAAGGAGAGACCCCACGAUUUCCGAUCUCUUGGGUAUCUAUUCUAUGUCUUCCAGGUGGUCCGGCAGGCUCUCGUCGGCAACGAGGCGUGUGGGCAUGGACAUGGGAUUCCCUCGAAGAAUGGGGACAAACCAGCAAGAUUAUUGAUCAGCGUCGAUGAUGGCAUCGAGCGUCGAGUGUAUUCCCGGGCACAGAAGAUCCUGAAAAAGAUGAGGGCAUCGUCUGAGUACCCUGUUCCAUCAACCCUGCUGGAAGUGUACCUUUGCCGACGUGUUUUUAUCGACGGCAACGAGAAGGGGUCAAAUCUAUAUCUAGACGACCCAUCCCCCGAGCCUAUGGGCAACACCGUGAACAAGAGUGUCUAUCGAACCGUUGACGGAUACUCUGACACCUUUCAAUGCCCUCACUCAAAGUCGCUCGGGAUGAAGAGUUUGGCGGUGGUUGAGAAACUCUACGGCGUGGACACUGCCGCUGUCCUACGCCAACUCUGUGCGGAGGCUGGCCUCUGCCCUUAG